UAUUAUAUUAUCUAGGAUUAUAACCUUCAAUUUCGAGUUGUGCAAAAAUGUUGAGGCCGACGGCCAAUUUUUAUUUUAAAGAAUCAAAAGUAUAUCAAAAGGUUUUGCAAUUAAGAUAUUUCUCUGCAGAAAAUGAUCAUAGUCAAAGGAAGGAAUCACAUCAUAUUGAAACAGUACGGUUAGCAUUCAAUUCUUAUGAGACAACCAAAUCUGGAGACGAAAGAUCACCAUUAAUAAUAAUGCAUGGAUUGUUAGGAUCAAAGCAAAACUGGAAUAGUAUAAGCAAGGCAAUACAUGCAAAAACUAAUAGAAAGGUAAUAUCCGUAGAUGCUAGAAAUCAUGGUGAUAGCCCCCAUCACAAAGAACACACCUAUUUCCAUCUAGCUGAGGAUGUAAAGUCAUUAAUAGAAAAUUUAGGUUUAAAAUCUGCAACGGUAUUGGGCCACAGUAUGGGUGGACGUGCCAUGAUGUUGCUUGCUUUAAAAUAUCCACAAUUGGUCUCAAGCUUAAUUGUUGCUGAUAUCUCGCCUGUGACUGCUAGUCCAAAUCUAAAAUUAAUGGGAAAAUAUUUCGAUAUUAUGAGAAAAGUGAAAAUUAAUCCUAAGGAAACAUUAGCACAAGCUCGGCAGAGUGCUGAUAAACUAUUUGCCAAAGAAAUUUCAGAAAAAUCUUUAAGAGAUUUUCUGAUAACAAAUCUAGUCAGAAGUGAUAAUGGGUAUGGUUGGAGAGUGAAUAUUGAUGCAUUAGAUAAUAAUUUUGCAAGACAUGUUGCUUUGUUUCCAGAACAAGCAAAAAGUUUACAAUAUAGAGGUCCAACUGUUUUUGUGGCUGGAGGCAAUUCGGAUUAUAUAAGAAAAACUGAUGAGCCUGAAAUUAAGAAAAUGUUUCCAAAUGCAACUUUUUCUUACAUUGAAGGCGCUGGACAUUGGUUACAUGCUGAUAAACCAAGUGAAUUUAUGAAUAUUAUAAUACCAUUUUUAAAUGAGAUUAAAUAAUGAACUUCCUGUGAUACUAAAAAUAAAAAAUAGAUUAAUUUCAUAAGGGCUAUACUUCAAUUCCUCCAAUUUACAUUACUAAAUAAAUAAAUAAUUUUUUAUCACAAGAAUUAAGAUAGUAUACUAAGUAUAACAUAAUUGUGUAGUUAAAGCCUGUGAACAUAUUAAAUCAUGUUGCCUAGUUGAUUUCUACAAGCCACUCAAAUUUUAAAUUAUUAGCAAUCAAAUUAUUUCUGCUCUAGACUUUCAUAGGCUAAUAAUAAUUUUAUAAUUGAAAUAUUUCGCUUGCUACAUUAAUAUAUACUCUGAGUUAA